GGCGGACGUGGGGAAGAAAAAUACUUUGUCAAGAUUUUAAAAAAGAUUUCCGUUCAAAGUAUGGGGUUUUAUAGCCCAAUAAUGAUAAUGUAGUAGCAAAAUUUAUUCUGGAUUGUCAAGGAUGCGUCAUACUUGAAAAAAUUAUUUUUAUUUGAGGAGUUAGAAGACGAAACAAUUAAGCCUUUAAUGUUGUUGUUGGACAAGAUAACUUAAAUAUUUGUGACUCUACAAGUUGAUGAAUUAUGAUACGUGCUUACUGCACGGUUUGCCAGGAUUCUAUUGUACAUGCGGCUGGACAAGAACGCCAAGAAGUAGCAACAGGACCUUGUGGCCAUGUUUUUCAUGAACAUUGCCUUACAAGAUGGAUAUCACAGAAAACUACUUGUCCCAAGUGUAGGCAGAAAGUUAACAAACCGAUAAUCCUGUUUUUGGAUGAAGAAGAAAAUAUUCAUGUUGACUCCUCUGAAGAAGACCCUUUGGCCUUAAGAAGCAAGUUGGAACACCUCAAGAGUCUCGUAAAAGAUAAAGAUGUGGAAAAGACACAGUUAUUAACAGAAAAAAUACAAAUACAAGAUAGUUUAAACAACCUGAGAGAGAGAUAUUCAAAUGCUGAAAAAAAGCUGUCUUCAGAAAAAUCAGUUGUUGCAGCCUUAAAGAAGCAAAUGGUUUUCUUAAAAAAGCAAGAAAUGGAAGUAGCAGAAGCAAAGAAAGAAGCAAUGACUUCAAGACAAGAAUUGAAAAAAUAUGAAAGACUCAAAGUUCUUGUGGAGGGGAACAAAGAUGAUGCUGAAGCAAUGCUUAAUGGGCUCAGAGAUGAGGGAAGGGCAUCCCAGGAGAUGGUGACGCAGUUGAUUAUCCUUAAAAAGGAACUUGAAAAGAUAAGAGAAAGUAGAAACAAGGCAAGAGAAAAUAAAGAGAAAUAUGAACGGGAAAUAAGUCGACUAAAACAUGAGCUUUCUACGAAAGAAAUUGAAAUCCAGAAAACGAGUGAGCAGUUGAAUUUAACGGAGAGUGAUUUAAUGAGAAUAGAGAAGGAGAAUGCUAGUUUAAGGAAAAAGAUGUCGAAAUUAGAACAAGCAUUCAACUCACCUAGCCCACGUAGCAGUGCAAUAACAAGACUUAUGUUGGAAAGUCCUGCACCACUAGAAUUAAAACGGCCUCGCCUAACCCCACCUGAGGAAGAUCUUGAACAUGAUUUUCUGGCAAAAAGUGAUUAUUCAAGGUCCCAAGAAUCUGGGAGGGGGAAUGAAACAGAAAUGGAAACAGCUGCACGAGAAAUGGGCCUCCAACUGGUCAAGACAACAACAUUCAACACCACCACAUCAAAACCGACCAUCCAUCGUCAUCCCUUGAAGCCCAUCCAACCUCGUAAAAGACCCGCAGACUUCGACUCCGGGCCCUCAUUCAUCAGAAAAGGAUAUGAUGGUAUGGGAGGUCACGCGAAAUUCCUAAAACCAUCCAAGUUGACCAAAGGUCCUGCACGUAAAGUAGCUCGUCCCAAUAACAUAUCUAAAUUCAUAAAAACUACAAAAGACGGUAAAGAACCCCCUUUGCCAGCGAUGACUUUGGAUUUUGACUGAUUAAAGAGUACUGAGAGAAUAGGGAAAGUAUGGUACAAUUUUCCAGGAACUUCUCCCUGAUGCCCAGGAAUUCCAGUUACUUUUGACUGUACACUCUCAUGACUUCCAGUUAACUUACCCCCUUAAUUUCUUGGUGCCCUCCGAGGGAAAGGGAAAUGAAUGGUACUAUGAUUUUCCAGGAACUUCUGCCCGACGUCCAGGAAGUGCGGUCACUUUUGGGCCUAUACUCAUGAUUUCCAGUUAUAACGUACCCCCUUAAUUUCUUGAUGCCCUCCGAGGGAAAGGGAAACGUAUGGUACUCUAUGAUUUUCCAGGAACUUCUUCUCGACGUCCAGGAAUUGCGGUUAAUUUUCAACUCUACACUUUCACAUGACUUCUAGUUAACUUACCUGCAAAGUUUUCUGAUUAGUCCUCAGCAGAAAGAGUUCAUAACUCAAAUGGAAAUCCCUUUAAUCAACAACUUCCGAAAUAUUGCUGUAGAAACAUUUCACCUUCGAUCUUUUUCUUAUUGUCAAACUUGCGCAAUUUCGUGGCUCAUACAAUUUUUCUGAAUCCAGAUGAAUGCACUACCCUGCGAAGAAAAAGUUCUAUUUUACAUUCGUCACUUUUUCGUCACAUUUCCGUCAAACUUUCGUCACAGUUCCGUCAAACUUUCUUCAUAGUUCCUUCAAACUUUCGUCACAGUUCCGUCAAAAGUUCGUCAAAGUUCCGGCAAACUUUCGUCACAGUCCCGACACAUUUUCGUAACAUUUUCGUCUCCCUUUGAUCACGAGAGCAUGGAAUGCAUCAAAUAUUGAGAAAUUACCCUUACUAAUCCACCAUAUUUAUCGUUAAAAAUUUA